CUCUAGAGCUUCUAAUCAAAAUAAAAGCUAGGAUUUGAGUUUUUCAUUCCAUCACUUUCGUCAUCACUCUUACACUGAACCAGUCAAUAUGAACGCUCUUGUUGCAACCAACCGUAACUUCCUUCGCGCAUCUCGAAUUCUCGGUUUGGAUUCCAAGCUUGAGAAGAGUCUUCUUAUUCCUUACAGAGAAAUCAAGGUCGAAUGCACCAUUCCCAAAGAUGAUGGAAGUUUGGUUUCGUAUAUUGGUUUCAGGAUCCAGCAUGAUAAUGCUCGUGGUCCUAUGAAGGGAGGGAUUCGUUAUCAUCCUGAGGUUGACCCGGAUGAAGUGAAUGCUCUGGCUCAGUUAAUGACAUGGAAGACAGCUGUUGCAGACAUACCCUAUGGCGGAGCAAAGGGCGGGAUCGGCUGUAACCCGAAGGAUCUGAGUGUCAGUGAGUUGGAACGUCUCACUCGUGUUUUCACUCAAAAAAUUCACGAUCUCAUUGGCACUCAUAGAGAUGUUCCUGCCCCUGAUAUGGGAACUAAUGCUCAGACAAUGGCUUGGAUGCUUGAUGAGUAUUCUAAGUUUCAUGGUCAUUCACCGGCAGUGGUGACUGGCAAGCCUAUUGACCUUGGAGGUUCUUUGGGAAGAGAAGCUGCCACUGGACUAGGAGUGGUUUUCGGAACGGAGGCUUUAUUUUCUGAAUAUGGGAAAUCAAUUUCUGAUAUGAAAUUUGCCAUCCAGGGGUUUGGAAAUGUGGGCACUUUUGCUGCAAAGUCAAUUUUUGAGAGAGGUGGUAAGGUGGUAGCAGUGAGUGACAUCAGUGGUGCUAUUAGUAAUCCAAAUGGGAUUGAUAUUGCUGCUCUUCUGAAACACAAGGCAAGCAAUGGAAAUUUGACUGAUUUCCCGGGAGCAGACGCCAUGAACCCAAAGGACUUGCUCACCCAUGAGUGUGAUGUUCUCAUCCCAUGUGCACUGGGAGGUGUUCUCAACAAGGAAAAUGCUGAUGAUGUAAGAGCAAAGUUUAUCAUAGAAGCUGCAAAUCAUCCAACUGACCCCGACGCUGAUGAGAUACUGUCUAAGAAAGGAGUUAUUAUAUUACCUGACGUUUAUGCGAAUGCUGGUGGAGUGACCGUAAGCUAUUUUGAAUGGGUCCAGAAUAUUCAAGGAUUUAUGUGGGAUGAAGAAAAAGUUAACCUGGAGCUAAAAAGGUAUAUGACUAGAGCUUUCAAGAACAUAAAAGGAAUGUGUAAAACUCACAACUGCGACUUGCGAAUGGGAGCUUUUACUCUUGGACUCAACCGUGUCGCUCGUGCUACACUUUUGAGAGGUUGGGAAGCUUAGAGAAACAUGAACAUCACUACUGGCUAAAAGCUUGUAGUUGGAGUUUCCUAGUUUUUGCAUGGUUAUUUGUCUCUUCUAUUUUUUUUAAUUCAUUUGUUAUCUUAGUUUAGUUUUAGUUCAAUGUUAAGUAUGGACAAAGUUUCUUUAUGUUAGUAUCAGAUUGUCAUUUUAAACACUUUUUUGAAUCACUUUUGUUUUUGUUUUUGUUCUUACUUGCCUUGCAUGUUGAUUUUGAUAUAGUAGCUUGAAGUAUUAUGCAUAAUUUUUCACUAA